AUGCCUGCUGACGUUAAAGUGCCUCCAACUACAAGGAGAACUCAGCCGCUCUGCGUCACCCCGGAUAAGGAGAUUAACAGAGAAAAUGAAGAGGAUCUCCUAUGGGCUGCACCUUAUGACGCACGCUUCCCACAGGUCCGCAAGCAGCGUCAGUGCUUUGCGUAUUACGUUGACUUUCACCGCUGUAAUGAGUUGAUGGGUAAGGACUACAAGCCUUGCAAAUUCUUCCAAAACGUAUACAAGGACUUCUGCCCCAAUUUCUGGGUUGAGAAAUGGGACGAACUCGUUGAGGAGGGCCGCUUCCCUGCCAAGUUCGAUCGCUAG